AGCGCCGCCAUGAAAGCCGCACGGAUCGCCUUACGGAGCGCGGCUCCGUUGGCCGCCACGACUACAGGCGGAGGAGCAGGAGGAGGUCGGGCUACUCGUGAGGUGGAGCAUUUUGCUCGAUACUCUCCGUCGCCCCUUUCCAUUAAGCAGUUUAUGGAUUUCGGGUCAACUAAUGCAUGUGAAAGAACCUCUUUUUCCUUUUUGCGCCAUGAACUUCCUGUGCGGCUAGCAAAUAUUCUGAAAGAAAUUGACCUCCUCCCUAGUCCAUUGCUGAGCACUCCUUCAGUCCAGUUGGUAAAAAGCUGGUAUGUUCAAAGUCUGAUGGAGCUAGUUGAGUUCCGUGAGAAAAAACCAGAUGACCACAAAGUUCUAUCGGAAUUUAUAGAUGCUAUCAUCAAAGUCCGAAACCGGCACCAUGAUGUUGUACCUAAAAUGGCCCAAGGCGUUCUGGAAUACAGAGACUCUUCCAAAAUGGACCCUUUCACCAGUCAAAACAUUCAGUACUUCUUGGAUAGGUUUUACAUGAACCGUAUAUCUAUCCGAAUGUUAAUAAACCAGCACACACUUAUUUUUGAUAACAGUAACAGUCUGGGCAACCCAAAGCAUAUUGGAUGCAUUGACCCUUGCUGUGAUGUUGUGGAUCUAGUGCACGACGCUUUCCAGAGUGCCCAAAUGCUUUGCGACCAGUAUUACUUUGCUUCACCGGACUUGAAGCUUACUCAAGUGAAUGGAAAAGUAGCUGGGAAGCCUCUUCACAUAGUAUAUGUACCUUCCCAUCUCUUCCACAUGCUGUUUGAACUCUUCAAGAAUGCCAUGAGGGCAACAGUUGAACAUCAGGAAAACAAACCUUCUCUUGAUCCAAUUGAGGUGACUGUUGUCCUUGGAAAAGAAGACCUGUCAAUUAAGAUAUCUGAUAGAGGUGGUGGUGUUCCAGUGAGAAAAAUAGAAAGCCUCUUCAGCUACACAUAUUCUACAGCUCCGAAGCCCGUUAUGGACAACAACAAUUCCACUCCUUUCGCUGGCUUUGGUUAUGGUCUACCAAUUUCUCGUCUGUAUGCUAAAUACUUCCAAGGAAACCUCAAUCUGUGUUCCAUCUCUGGUUAUGGAACAGAUGCUCUGAUCUACUUAAAGGCCCUUUCCACAGAGUCUGUAGAGAAACUCCCUGUCUUCAAUAAGUCUGCUUGUAAACAUUACCAAAUAGCUGUAGAAGCAGACGACUGGUGUGUUCCAAGUAAAGAGCCGAGAAACCUGUCAAGACAGAGCGCCGCUGCGUGAGAUCAGCAUGUGCUUAGGGCAUG